GGGGGGAUGGAUCUGUCUGUGCUGUGGGGCAGGGAGCUGGGUUAUGGGUGGGGGGGGAUGGAUCUGUAUGUGCAGGGGGCAGGGAGCUGGGUUACAGGUGGGCGGGAUGGAUCUGUCUGUGCCGGGAGGGCAGGGAGCUGGGUUACAGGUUGGGGAGGGGAUGGCUCUGUCUGUGCUGGGGGGGCAGGGAGCUGGGUUACAGGUGGGGGUUGUGGAGCUGUCUGUGCUGGGGAGCUGGGUUAUGAGUGAGGGUGUGAUCUGACACAUUGGGGCCCGCAUGGCUGCACUGGAAAGGGCUGGCCUGGCCAUUGGUGAGCGGAGCCUGCAGGGGGGCAGCAGCUGCACUGAUCAUCUCUCUUGCUCUGUACAGGAUGCUCAUUCCUGCCACUCUGCCCGGCCCGUAUCUGUAGCGCUGGCACCGAUGGUAGCAUCUCUGGGGCUGAUACCACUCUGCGGAUCUGGAACCACCAGCUCUGUGCCAGGAACCCCAUGUGUCUGGUGUCCUCUAGCCUUGGUCCGUGAGGACCCUGGGGCCAGCCUGUGCUGUUUGUGAUAUCUGCAGUAGGGGCAGAGAGCACAGACCUGCGGCCAUCUUUGUUGGGUUGUGGUGUAUCGUGUUGUGAGGUCCCUGUGUCAGACCGGGCUGGUGCUGGGCACUAGCCUUUCCCCAGGAAUCUUCCACUGGUCCAGCCCCUUCCUGCUGCAAUGCGCCGGGACAAGCCUCAGGAGCGGGCAGCCAGCUGGCCAGCUGAUCACAUCAAGGUGCUAAUUGCCUUGUGGGCAGAGGCGGCCACCUCACAUGACCUGAGCUCGCGCGGCAGGAACAGGGUUGUCUACGAUGGCAUCUCCCAGCGCCUGGCUGAGCUGGGCAUCUACCGCACCGGGGACCAGUGCCGGGAGAAGAUGAAAGGCCUUAAGGUGACGUAUCGCAAGGCCAAAGAGAACAAUGCAGCUGGGAGGCCGCCCAUGCGUUGCCCGUUCUACGAGGAGAUGGACCAGAUCAUGCAGCGCUGCGACAGCACCCGCUCUAGCCUCUUGGCAGAGAGUGGGGAGGGGCCUGGCGCUGUAGACAGGCAGGAGGGCACAGCUGCCCUGGAGAACUGGGGGGCACCGUCCUUUGAACCAUGGGAUUCCCAGGCCACUGCUGCCUUUGAGCACUGGGAGUCCCAGGCCUCAGCCUCUGACCAUUGGGGGUCCCAGGCUGCUGCCUCAGAGAGCCAGGGGGCUGAGGAGCUGGGCUACGUGCUCCCUGAGGCUCAGGCCCUGCUGGGCGAGGUGCAGGCCGUGCAGGUGAAGGAGGAGGAGGCGUCCGGGGAUGAACUGCCACCUGAGCCUGACAGAAAGCAGAAGACCAGAAGUACAAAGUGGAGGCAAUUCAGUGUUUAUUGGGACCCUUCCCCAUCGGCAUCGGCGGAGCCCCAGCCGGCCUCUCGGAAGCUGGUCUCGGCGCUGGACCGGCUCGUACACCUCCGGGCCAGGAAGCGCAAGACGCGGGAGGAUGGGCCGCUGGAGACUCCACGGGGCCCUAGCCAGAAGCACGGGCGCAGCCAGCUGGAGCUGAAGCGGGCAAGGCGCACUGGUGCCUGGAGGGCGGAGGAGAGGCAGAGCCUGGCCGAGUUCAUCCAGCAUGACCGGGAGAUGCGGCGGGAGGACCGGGAGUUCCAGGCCCAGCUCCUGGAGAAGCUCUUCCAGAAGCAGCUGGAGAUGGUGGGUGCCCUGGCCCAGCCCGCAGCCCCACUGCAGGAGCCGGAGCCCGUGGUGCGGGAGGGAGCUGGGCUCCAGUUUCCCGCUGUGCUGGAGCAAGUGGUGCAGACGCAGGCCAAGGGGCAGGAGGCCGACGCAGCUGGCCCUGCCCCUGCAGGAGCCCCGGAGCGAGCGGGGAAAGCGCCUCCUGCUGUGCAGUACUGGACAGCAGAUGAGAUCCUGCGCUGGCUGGUGCCGCAGCAGCCGCUGAUCGGGCAGCAGCCUUGGGGCGAGCGGUAUCGGGAGGGGUUGCCGGGCCCCCUGGCCUCACGGGGAGUGGGAGAAAGGGGGGAGAAUGAGUCCAAUCUCGCAUUCUCCAGACGAGUGACUGACGCCUGUCAGGGGCCCAAAGGGCUAGGGGGAGCCCAACUUUUCCCUCCACUUUGUGGGAAAACCCAACAGAUCCAUGCCAGCCUGGAUGCCAGCGAGGCCGGUGAUGGUGCCAAGGUGAAGGGAACUGUCCUGCACCACCAUGACACGGAGACACAGCGCCAGCGCUUCAGGGGCUUCCGCUACCAGGAGGCUGAGGGGCCCCGGGAGGUUUAUGGCCGCCUGUGGGAACUUUCCCAUCGCUGGCUGCAGCCAGAGACCCACACCAAGGAGCAGAUGUUGGAGCUUCUGGUUCUUGAGCAGUUCCUGAGCCUCCUGCCUGAGGAAAUGCAAAGCUGGGUGCAGGAGCGUGGCCCGGAGAGUGGCCAGGAGGCCGUGGCCCUGGCAGAGGAUUUCCAGCUUGUUCCCCAGAAGCCCAGAUGGCUGCCCCAGGCGCGGGUACCAGCCCAGGAAGGGGCCAGGGAUGUCGGUGCGGCGCAGCGGGCUCCACUGGCCGAGCGGCAGAGGGCGCCCCAGGGGGCCAGCGGGCAGGAGAACGGCUGGAAUGGCGGCUUAUUGGCUGCCACGCCGGGCACCCUGCUGGUGCGGAGACCAAGCCUGGGGGCGACUGAGACAGCUGCUCCCCAGCCCCUGUGCAACAGAGUGGGCUCCAGGCAGGGACAGCAAGUGGAGAAUGGCUUAGAGCCACGGCAGAGCACUGGGCACCUGCGGCAAGCAGAGAAGAACGCUGUCCCAGUGCCACGCCCAGCAGCUGGGAAGACAACCGAGCUGUGCAGUGCUGGCCUAGGAGGUCAUGUGGGGACAGACAGCAUGCCACAGGGCAGAGCCACCAUUCAAGGGGGCAGCAGCAUCUCAGAGGCUCAGAAUGGGGUCACACAGCUGCCUGUGCCCUGUGCCCCAUGUGAGCAGCAGACACCUGCUGGCCUCGUGCGGAUGGAGUGCACCAGCUCCAAGGGUGGCAGAACCUGCAGCGCCCUGCCCAGGAGCGCCGGUUGUGAAUCCCCAGGGCUGGAUGGCCCCUUGCUUGGGGCCCUCCUGGAGACAUCCUUGGACUCCCCAUGGGACAGAGAGGGCAGCGCAGACAGAGCCCUAGAGAGUGGCGUGGCCUGCCCAGGGGCACAGCCCCGCUGCCUGGGCUGCACAGUACUGCGGGCUGAUCUGGAUGCCACGCGGGAGGAGCUGAGAAUCACCCAAGCUUCCACCCUGUAUGGACUGAGCGGCACCCACUUGCAGGGCCUGGCUGAGGCCCUGGGCACCAUCUCGCGCAUCCUGAACGACAGGAGGCUGACGAUGACCAAACCCCCCUGGGGUGCAACCGAGAGCCCCAGCGUGGCUUUACCCCAACAGACACACCUGUCCUGAAGCCUAAGUGCCUGGCAAGCAGCUGACCGUGGCCCGCCGCCGAGGAGCCCACACGAUGUUCAGCAGCAGCACCAGGGAGAAGGUGACGACCUCCCACUCGAUCCCAGAGCCGCUAGCGUCAAGCCCCAUACUCGUGGCAGUGCCUGGAGCAGGGAGGCCUUGGACAGGACCUGAGAGGUGCUGGGCCGGCUGCCUGGGGUGUUGGGAGCUGGAUCCAGCAGGGCCUGUGCUGAGCCAGGGCAGCUGGCGUCUCGUCACUGGACUUUCCAGGGAGCCUUUCCUACUCGACUAGCUUUUUGAUACAAUGUCCCCAAAGCCCCCUACUUUCCCCUUCACUUCUCAGGUUGGUCUCAAUAAAGCAAUGCGCAGAGCUCCAGGCCUGGGGACAUGGUGCCUGCAAAUGGGA